AUGAUAGGUAAUAACAAGGUUUUUGUUUUUGGGGAUGGGACCAUGUCUACUCAGAAUUUGCAGCAUAGAGAUGGUAACAGAUAUACAUUGCUUCAUGAUGAAGAUGCACAACAAGCUCAAACAGAGUGUGAUGAUAUGAACGUCAUGCACACAAUGCCUUAUGACACAGGGGAGAUGACCAUGACAACAACACCAUCGGAGGAGGAGCAGGAGUCCGGGGUCAACGUCGUAUCCGGGGACUUGGUUAAAUCAUCCAAACCAGCAUUGUUUCUUCUUGUGGAGACUCAUUGUCGCUUUGAUUCAGUUGCGUCUUUUUGGAGAAGCGUGGGCUAUGAGUUGUGUGGGUGUUCCGAAGCGAUUGGGCAUCGUGGUGGCAUCUGGGUUCUUGCGCCUGUUGAUAGAACCUUUGUUGUCCAAAUUAUGGACGUACACCCACAGGAGCACUUAACGACUCUCCGCCAACAAGUCCUGCAACCUUGGCUUGCUGCGGGAGAUUUCAAUGAGAUAAUGUCCCCGUCCGAGGUGUCCGGUGGUGAUUUCUGUCAAAUGCGCGCUAACCGCAUGCUAGCCAUGGUGGAGGAGUGUGAGUUCAUUGAUUUCGGAGCUACAGGCAGACAAUUUACUUGGGAGAGGAAACAUAAUGGACGACGUACAAUUGCAAAACGCUUGGAUAGAUCCAUUGGUGAUGUUUCCUGGUACCAUAACUUCCCUGAGGCCUAUGUUGAACACUUAGCACGCGUUUAUUCCGAUCAUUGUCCAAUUUUGGUUCGCUGUAAUGAUCCCACUGGAGACCAUGUAAAUCGACCCUUCAGGUUUCUUGCGGCAUGGUCUACCCACCCAUCUUUUGAGCCUUUGAUCUGUGACACUUGGAAGGAGCCUCCAUCUUCCUUGAAAGGGAAACUUGACAAUAUUAGAGUUGCAUCCCUAGCUUUCAAUACGAAUGUUUUCGGGAAUAUUACGCGGAGGAAGAAAAUAGUGGAACGCCGCUUGCAAGGCCUCCAACAUGAGUUGGAGGUCGGCGAGACAGAAUCUCUUUUACGCUUGGAAAAAGAUUUGCAGGAGGAGUAUGAGCAGAUCUUCACACAGGAAGAGUUAACAUGGUAUCAGAAAUCCCGGGAGCGAUGGGUUAAAUUUGGGGAUCAAAACACUAAAUUCUUCCACCUUCAAACUGUGGUUUGUAGAAAUCGUGUUAUGGAUAUCAUGCCAACCACCAUAUCGGUUGAGGAUAGGAUGGAUCUCAUCCAACCUGUUUCUUACGAGGAGGUGCGGCGGGCAAUUAUGGCUAUGCAAUCCUUCAAGGCGCCAGGAGUUGAUGGCUUCCAAGCUUUCUUCUACAAGCAAUACUGGCAUAUCUUGGGACAUGAUUUACAUACUAUGGUUGCAGAUGCGUUUGUGGCAAGCAAGGGUGAGUCAUCCCUCUUGGAAACCUUCAUUGUCCUGAUUCCAAAAGUGGAGAACCCGCUACGCUUCAAGGAUCUUCGUCCUAUCAGCUUGUGCAACGUGGCGUACAAGGUAAUCACUAAGGUGCUAGUAAACAGGUUUCGACCACUCUUGGAUGAAUUGGUUGGUCCUCUUCAAGGGAGCUUUAUUCCGGGAAGAAGAACCAAGGAUAAUAUAAUUCUUGCACAGGAGGUUAUGCACACUAUUCAUACCUAUAAGCGGAGAGGUGGUUUAGUAGCGUUGAAAAUUGAUCUAGAGAAAGCAUAUGACAGAGUCAGUUGGGACUUUCUCCGAGCUACGUUGUAUGACUUUGGCUUCCCUCCGUCCAUAGUUGAUUUGAUCAUGUGGGGAGUCCAGUCGGCAUCCAUAUCCAUUCUCUGGAAUGGCACCAAGCUUGAAUCUUUCACGCCACAACGAGGUCUUCGCCAAGGGGAUCCGCUCUCUGUGAUUUUGAGGAAUUUCCAGCUGAGCAAGGCUUUGUUUGUGAAGGAGCUUUAG